AGAACGUCAUCAUGCUCACGAUCAACGUCCCCAACCUCCCGCCCAUCCCGGAGACGAAGCUGGACCUGCAGGAGAACGGCUUCGACUUCCAUGCCAAGGCUGGAAACCCGGCAAAGGGCAUCCCGGAGAAGGAGUACGCCUUCCACCUCGACUUCUUCGCUCCCAUUGACCCCAAGGUACGUGUAGUGACCCCCUUGUGAUAUCUCCUCUCCCUCGCACAUCCCUCUGAUCGUCCUCCCACCCCCCUCCCCCCGCGGCACCUGUCUCGCAGGAGAGCAAGAUCCACCCGUCAUCGAAGAACAUUUACCUCGUUCUGCGCAAGAAGGAGGCCUCUUCCGAGUACUGGCCGCGCCUUUCCAAG